AUGCCGACCUUUGACCAGCUCGCUGAUUCGCCCAAGAAGGGCCGGAUCAUUAAAUCGGCGUAUGACAGUGAGAGCUUCGAGGCCGACGGCUCAAUCCAUGUUGAGGGCGUCGUCGGCUCUGCCACCAUAUCGCCUUCGGGAAGGGACAUUGCCCUGGCAUCACCUGAAGGACUUGCAAUUAUUGAUUUAGACUCGCCGUACAGCCCACCACGGCGUCUUCGAGGCUCUGGCCAGCCAUGGCUGGUUGUCGACGUGCAAUGGUCUCCAUUCGCAGCUCGAGACUAUUGGGUCGUUUCAACGGCAAAUCACCGUGCGCUGGUGUGGAAUCUCAAUCUCCGGGAUGAUUCGAGCACUGGCGCAAUUGAGCACUCUCUCCAGGGCCAUACCAGGGCCAUUACCGACGUCAAUUUCUCAGCUCACCAUCCCGAUCUCCUUGCAACUUGCUCCGUAGAUGGCUAUGUGCAUUGGUGGGAUCUACGUCGGCCUCGCCAACCCGUACUUACUUUUUGUGAUUUCUUUGCCGGUGCUACUCAAGUCAAAUACAAUCGUCGCGACCCCCAUAUCCUAGCUUCAUCGCAUGAUCGUUGGCUGCGCAUUUGGGACGAGCGAAAGGUUUCGGAGCCUGUCAAAUCUAUUACCGCACAUACGUCCAAAAUCUAUGGCUUGGAUUGGAACCGAACCAAAGCGACUGGUCUUGUAACAUGCUCCUUGGACCAGAGUAUGAAGUUUUGGGAUUACAGCAAUGACGGCAACGAAUUGGAGCAUGUUAUUCGCACGGACUAUCCAGUUUGGAGAGCCCGCCAUACGCCGUUUGGCCACGGCCUUCUUGCAAUGCCUCAGAACGAACCUGGGGAUCUUUAUUUGUAUGACCGCUUGUGGUCCAAGGACGAGACUAUCGAAAAGUCACAGAAGCCAGUUGCCGUAUUUCCUGGGCAUGGAGGUCACCAAGCGAAGGAGUUCCUAUGGAGAACUCGAGGUGGAGUUUCAGAAGAUAACAUUGACGAGCGGGAAUUUCAACUUGUUUCCUGGGGAACGGAUAACGAGUUAAGACUUCAUUGCAUCGACCCUAACAUUUUCUCAGCCGUGGGAUACCAGAAAGGCGCCCCGGCUCUGGACGGCAUCAGCCUUACUCGGAAGGGUGCGACAUACAAAACGUUCCGCACAGUUGAUGAUGCAUCCACGCUUGACAAGCGGACGAGUACGAUGAAAGAUGCAAGGACUGGCACAGGCCACAAGCAAAGUGCUCUUACGGCUGCCGCACGAUCCUCUGCGCCUUUUGGUCGUCAGAUGAGACCGGCGUGGCGUGGGCCAUCAAUGAAAGUCAAGAGUGCUUCGGGCAAGAGGCUUGACCCAAGUCAAGCCCAAAUCGGGUGGAUGAAAGGCAUCAGCAUAACAAAAAGAAGAGGUUUACUGGAUGGACCAAGGCGGCUGAUGUCCAAAGACUCCGGCAUUAUGGGCCACGGCUAUCCUGAUGACCAAUGGGGUGAGCCAGACACAAUUCAAGAAGAGCUUCUGCGUGUUAGUACCCAGAUACCAAAGGUCAAAUGGGACAAUAUCGACAUGGACAACUUGACGUUGAGUGCCUCGCUCAAUGGCCCAUGGGGAAAAGAUGGAGAAGCCAUCUUCAUCAAGGUGAAGAUCGAUAUACCAAUAGAGUAUCCCAAGCUUAAAGCACCAAAGUUCAUUAUUGAGAAAAGCUCAUUCAUGCCAGAGGAAAUGCAUAAGCGGCUUGACCGAGAGCUACAUGAACUUGCUGAACAGUUUCUACGAAGAAAGCAAAAUUGUCUGGAAGUAAUAUUCACCUACCUGCUAGGUGAGGUUGAUCUCGAAUCCAGCACUACCUUCUUUAAGAACGUUCGCGAUCUAGAUGAUGAUCUUGAUGGCCUGGCCGAUGAUAGUUCGACAGAAGAGGAGGAAGACAUUCCCGCAGGUGGAUCGGCAUCCAUGUCCCAGGAGCUUCCUCCUGCCGAUGCAGAACUCGCAGUUGCAACUCCUGCCCGUCUGAUUAUCCCGCCACCUCCUUUGACCUGCGGCGCUCGGUUUUCGCAUGAUGGUCGACUUAUUUGCUUCUUCCCAACAAAAGAAGAAAAGGCACGGGUCUUAUUCCAAACAAGUGCGGAUGUAAAUAAAGAUCGCCCCAAGAUGGAACCGUACUUCGCAGGCUUUGGCCGCUUGACACAUGACCCUCCUCCACGAUACAAGUAUACUACUGAAGAAGCUUCCGCUACAGAAGAUCAAUCAGACUCUGAAGAAACCGACGAGUCAUCUUCUUCAUCAAGCGACUCUGAAUCUACAUCAAUACAUAAAAUGAGCCUGUGGUAUCAUUCAAGCCGCCAUCUUAGGAAGACUUGGAGCGAGGACCGAUCUAUUCGAUCUAGCGGCGGUGGAACAGGGACAGGAGUAGGCACCGGCACAGGUACGGGGACAAGCCGCCGACGGAUCGGCCGACCUCGAAAUGUGAUAUCUAUCCAUGAUUUACGACCAGAUUUGCCCUCCAAGAAGGAGUUUGCGCAAGAGUAUGCCAUCUUCGGCGACGGAGCAGAUGUCUGCGAGCAUAACGCAAGAGUUGCAGAGAAAUACGGCUAUACUGAACUUAUGAAUGUGUGGCAGUACUUGGCCCUGCUUUUGAAGAAGGGCAUACCCCUCGAAGUCCUGGCCAGCAAUCAGAGACGGAGCUCUAUCCUUGUAAUUGCUCGCGAUAUUGUCUCCAAGACUCGCGCAUUGGAUAAUGACCAAGCCAACACUCCAGCAGGAGACGGUGCCUUACUAGGUCGAGUGAAAUGGGGCCGGCACCCUCUGGCCAAGGACUUUAUCCAGGAGCUCUUCAACUACUUUGAAAUGAUUGCCGACAUACAAAUGUUGGCGAUGCUUUCAUGCAUCUUCAGUGAAUCAUCAGCCGAUGACAGUGUUGCCUACGUGGAGUCACAACUCCCGUCCCAGGAAACACCGCUUCCUCUCAAGGCACCAUCUUUCUCACUAGAUUACUUCCCUACAGAUGCCACUAUGUGGAAUAUCUAUGGCAGAGGUAUACCGCAUUCGAAUAUGACCACCCCGGGCACUCUUCACACGCCGCUUCCCUAUGCUGGCUCACACGCAUCAGACGAUGGGAUCAUGUGGGCUGGCGAGCCUGGCACAAAUUCUUACUCCUGCGGUGAGACGCCGCCAUCAAAAAUGAGGCCUCCAACCGCCGAUGCAGAGCCCCCUUCAACAUUGCUGUCGCGAUCUCCCUCCAACCGACCUCUCUCAAGGGUCAGCACCGGACUAAGCGCAUUCUCAACAAACUUCCCGCGGUCAUUCACGGGGGCAAGUUCGUCGUCACCGCCUGCAGGACAGCUGAGGAAGAAACCAAGUCCAGCAGAGAUGAUUUUGAAUACGCUGACUCCGCGUACGGGAUAUUCCAGCGCGGGGCAGCCGUAUCCUGUGGGAGAUUCUAGUGGAGGCAGGAAUUCCGUGUCAGACGAUGAAUAUCGCCGAGAUGACCUAAUGUCCCUCGUACCAGUGAGCGUCUCUGUAUUUGUGGAAGAUCAAACAAUAUUCGAUGACGACGGCUGGCUGAGUGAGCCUCUGCUGGAGCCGAGCCGAGCCAACAUUUACGCCAACUACCGAUAUGCAUAUGCCGAGAUGCUGCAGAUGUGGCGACAACCCCUUGCCCGGCUCGAAGUCAUGAAAUUCAACGUCUUGAAGGACGAGUCACCUUUUGGUGGAGUGGAGGGAAGCUUUCACGAUUCGUUUACCCUCCACGACGGGGCAAGUGGGAAUGCAUCUCAUCUCAAGACCGGUUCGUCACCCAUCAUCAUGGGCAAGAAGGAUCAGCUACAAAUUUUGGCUGCCUCGGGCCGUGGGUUGGACGUAACGGGUAUCUGCCGCGUUCAUGAGACCCAAUUGGACCCCUUACGAUACACCUCAUCCGACUCCAAGGUCGGAGGAGCAGUGGGAACCUGCGACAGGUGUCAUCGCGUCCAGAAUCAACUCCGCUGUGUAUACUGUCUGGAACCUGUCGACGCCCUUUUCCCGCCGUGCCUGUCGUGCGGGUGCGCGAGUCACGAAGAUUGCCUCGCAGAGUGGCAUGCUGCGGGCGAGAUGUUCUGCCCGGCUGGAGAUGAAUGCAACUGCGUCGAAGAAGCUGUCAGAGGCCAGGUGGAGUCGUGGGCCGCUCUUCAAGGUGCCGUGAGGAAAUCACAGUCUAAGACGUUCCUGCUGCCAGGCUCGGCUAUGGAUGACAGCGACGGAGAGAGCGAAAAGCAUCGCAAAGGCGGCGCCAACGGAGACUGGGAACGUGUAGGUAGGAAUGUACCAAGCAGGGCACAAGGUGCAACGGCAUCGCCUGGAUUGAGUCUUGUACGCUUUAAAACACCUACAGGACCUUGGUCAAGGGCCUCGAGCCAGAGGAGAAAUGGGAAGAGGGGGAGCUGACGGUUAUAGUGCUUUGGGGCUGACGGGGCGAGGUGUAUAAUUAUAGAUGACUGCAGGUGCAGGCAGUAAUUGAGAAUGGCGUAUGGGGCCAGUCUGCUCUUGUCAUCUACCCGCAAGGACUUGGAAUGGAAAUGGUUAGGAAUAGAAGUUUUAACUACAUGUACCUGUUGAUCUGCUAAUAUCAAAAUGACUCCCUGCCAAGGAAUCGAGAAGGCAUUAACUCUG